UCCCGCGCUCUCUCUCUCUCUCUCUCUCUCUCUCUCUCUCUCUAGGGUUUGCCUCCCCUUCCGCCUUGAACCCACAAUGCGGAUCUUCCCCUCCCCUUCCAUGGCGGCUCUCUCCAUCUUCCUCUGGGCUUUCCUCCUUUCUCUGCCUCCGUCUUCUCAGCAGGAUCUCUCCACCGACAGAGCCGCUCUUCUCUCCCUCCGCUCCGCCGUUGGCGGCCGCACAUUUCGCUGGAACGUAUCUCAGCUCACUCCAUGCAACUGGGCCGGCGUCACAUGUGAAGCCGACCGCGUCACCGUCCUCCGUCUCCCCGGCGUCGCCCUCUCCGGCCGUAUUCCUGAGGGUAUUUUUGGUAAUCUGACUCGGCUCCGCACUCUGAGCCUCCGCCUCAACUCCCUCGUCGGCUCCCUCCCUUCGGAUCUCAGUCGCUGCUCUGACCUCCGUCACCUCUAUCUUCAGGGUAACAUGUUCUCCGGCGAGAUUCCCUCGCUCCUGUUCGGUCUCAGGGACCUCGUCAGAAUAAAUCUAGCCGGUAACAAUUUCACCGGCGAGAUCUCUCCUGGGUUCAACAACCUCACGAGGCUGAAGACUCUCUACCUGGAGAACAACCAGCUGUCCGGCUCGCUCCCGGACUUGGAUUUGCCGUUGGAUCAGUUCAAUGUCUCUAAUAACAUGUUGAACGGAUCCAUACCCAAUAAUCUGCGGAAGUUCGAGUCGGACUCCUUCCUGGGCACUUCCCUCUGCGGCAAACCACUCGACGUCUGCCCGGACGAAGGAACUGUUCCCAGUCAACCCACUUCCAGUGGAAGGCCCGGGACAGUUGACGAAAAGGAGGGAAAGAAGAAGAAGAAGUUAUCAGGCGGCGCGAUUGCUGGAAUCGUCAUCGGAUGCGUUGUGGGUUUCGCGCUACUAGUGCUGAUAUUGAUGGUCCUCUGCCGGAAGAAGGGCAAAGAGAGAUCGAGGGCAGUCGACAUUCCCUCCAUCAAGCAGCAAGAGGUCGAAAUUCCCGGCGACAAACCGGCAGGGGAGGCCGCAGAGAGCGCAAACUAUGGCAGUGGGUACUCGGUGGCAGCUGCCGCGGCCGCGGCAAUGACGGGUAACGCGAAAGGCGGGGAAGCGAACGGUUCUGGGGCGAAGAAGCUGGUGUUUUUCGGGAACGCGACAAGGGUUUUCGAUCUGGAGGACCUGUUGAGAGCGUCGGCGGAGGUUCUGGGGAAAGGGACGUUUGGAACGGCGUACAAGGCGGUGCUGGACGCGACGACAGUGGUGGCGGUGAAGAGACUGAAGGACGUGACAAUGGAGGAGAGAGAAUUCAGGGAGAAAAUCGAGGCAGUGGGUGCGAUGGAUCAUGAGAACUUGGUGCCACUUAGGGCAUAUUAUUACAGCAGGGACGAGAAGCUGCUUGUCUACGACUUCAUGCCUAUGGGAAGCUUGUCUGCUUUGUUACAUGGAAACAAAGGAGGUGGUCGGAGUCCAUUGAGCUGGGAAAUGAGAGCAGGAAUAGCCCUAGGGGCGGCUCGUGGCUUGAACUACCUUCACUCGCAAUGCUCUCACGGGAAUGUAAAGUCAUCGAACAUCCUCCUAAGCAAAGCCAACGAAGCCCGUGUCUCUGAUUUCGGACUGGCACAGCUGGUGGGACUCUCCUCUGCAACUCCGAACCGGGGGACAGGGUACCGUGCGCCAGAAGUAACAGACCCGAAGAGAGUGUCACAGAAGGCAGACGUGUACAGCUUCGGGGUGGUGCUGCUGGAGCUGAUAACAGGGAAAGCGCCUGGGAAUUCCGAGGAAGGGGUUGAUUUGCCGAGGUGGGUGCUGUCGGAGGAGUUGAGGAGGGAGGAGUUGUUCGACUCAGAACUGCUCAGCCAUGAGGCCGAGGCUGAGGAGAUGCUGCAGCUCGGGAUAGAAUGCACGGCUCAGCAUCCGGACAAACGACCGACCAUGGACGACGUCGUAACCAGGAUCAUGAGCUUGAAGCGAACGGAAAGUGUCGAGAACGAGGGUCUGUGAUUCUAACGCUUUCAGUGAAUGAGUGGGGAGGGAGCGGCAAAUGCAAAUAUGCAAUGUGUUGUGUGUGUGUGGGUUGGUUUAGAUUAGAUGCGGUUUCUAUCUGUCUUUUUUCUUUUCCAUUGUUCAGUCAUGAUGAGAUUUGGUGCAUGAGGGAAUGGGGAGGUGGAGGUGGUGGUUGUAAUUAUUACCCACUUGCUUCUUUAUUUAUCAAUUUGUUUUUCAGCUUUUUC